CUCGAGCAAGGCCGCAAAGUUGAGUGUCGAGCUCUAAGAUGUCGUCGAUAUUUCGCAUUAACUAAAGAAGACGGACAGGCCCGAACUGAGUGUGAACUUCGGCGGAGUUUCCAGUCACGGUGAAGCUGCGCGCUCCCGCCGCACCUCGAGGUCCCGCGAGCGAAACCGGAUCGGGCCUAAUUUAAUUAUUUUUAGGCUAAAAAUAACCCGCCGAGCGGCUCGGGUUUGGUCCGGAGACCCGAAGCUGAAGCCCGUGAUCUCCAGGUCGAGACACACCGACCUCGCAGAGGCGAGACCUAAACUGCAGUCAAUGGAGGAGAGCGAGGACAUAGACAGUGAGCUUCUUCACUAUGUGCUGGAGAUGAGCGCUGGAGACUGUGGCGGACAGCUGGUCCCCUGCGGUGACAGUUUAGAACUUGCCAGUGAUGAAAACGUGAAGAUCUUGACUGCCAUUGACAAUGGUGACACAUAUAGUCUGCGGGAGCUGUCCGAGUGCACGGCUGCCUUCGGCGAGGUGGACGGAGAAGGCUGGCUCCCUCUGCACAGGGCCGCCGUCCAGCCCGUGAAGGAAGUCCUGGAGACUGUCAUUGUUGCGUCAUACACACUGACUCUGGAGGAGAAGACCUUAGAUGGGGAAACUGCGAUGACACUGGCCAUUCAGGCCGGUUGGGUGGAGAAUGUGAAGGUUCUGCUGGACCAGGGUGCCUCGCCAAACACCACCAAUGACAAGAACGAGUCCCCUCUCUUACUCGCAGUGAGAACGCGCUCGUAUGAGAUGGUGUCAACGCUCGUAAUGGGCGGGGCUUUCGUGGAGCAGACCUGCCUGAAGAAGUGGAGUGCCUUGCACGAAGCUGCCAAGGUGGGCUCCGGUGACAUCAUGAUGCUGUUGCUAAGAAACGGGGGCAAAGUCACAGUGAAAGACGGACACGGCGUGACUCCACUGGGCGUCGCUGCAGAACAUGCGAACGCAGAAGUUCUGGAGAUUCUCAUCAAGAAUGGAGCUGACGUGAACACUCAGGCGUCCAACGGGGACAGCGCGCUCUACGAUGCAGCCGGCUCCGGAAAUCCCGACUGCAUCGAUCUCCUCUUGGAACGCGGAGCCGACCCCAACGUGCACAGUCUGUGCGCUCAGCUCCCGAUCCACCGCGCGGCCUACGAGGGUCACUACCUGGCCCUGAGACGGUUCAUUCCAAUUACCACCGAAAGGGCCAUCCGGCUCUCUGGCCAAAGUCCAGUUCACUCUGCUGCAGAUGGAGGCCACCCACAGUGCCUGGAGCUGCUCAUCAAGAGCGGCUUCAAUGUCAAUGCCAUCCUGGAGAAACACAUCUCUGAGAAUUACGCGGACAUGAGGAAAAGCGCCCUGUACUUCGCCGUGUCCAACGGGGACGUCACCUGCACGGAGAUGCUGCUGAACGCCGGGGCGAAUCCCGACGCCGACCCGCUGCGCUGCCUCCUGGUGGCUGUCAGGGCCGGAAGGUACGAAAUCGUGCGGCUGCUCCUGGCCAAGCAGGCGGACGUGAACUGCUACUUCACGGCGGUCAGCGACACGGUGUUCCCUACGGCCCUGCAGUACUGCCUGCGCGACGAGAUGAUGAUGCGCCUGCUGCUCAACAACGGCUACGAUGCUGAGAGCUGCUUCCGCUGUCACCACAACGAUGCCCUUGCCUCAUGCUACACAGGGAGAGAUGACCUAUGUGGAGUGCAAAAUCAACGAGAAAAAAUCCUUUUCUGCGACUUCAUCAGCUUGUCCUGGCUGAUGCACUUGGCCGGAUGUACAGUGCGCAUCCUGCUGGACUACGUCGGUCAUGUGACCAUCUGCUCGAACUUGAAAGCAGUCCUCAAGAAGCAGAGGCAGUGGCCUGAGAUCUGCCAAAUACUGGGGAACCCACGCCAACUGAAGCACCUGUGCAGACUGGUCAUUCGCACACGGAUCACCGCGAGGAGGCUCAGUAAAAUGGACUCUGCUCCCUUUCCACCAAGAGUGAAGGACUACCUGUUGUUCAGGGAGUAUGAUCUGUACCACAGUAUCAUGGGCCUCACCAAGUGAACACCCUUCCCGGCCUUCUGACUUGUGGGCAAGACUUUCUUUUUUCACGACAUUCUUCUUCAUCUCUUGCCAAGAUGCCCUAUUGGUGUUCCUUUGGCCGUUUCCAGAAACCGGAAGGUUUCCGAUUCCAGCUUUGUUGCGUUCAGAAUGAGGUGUUUUACCGAGAAUGGUGUAAACUUACAACAUUCAGCGUUCGUUGGCCUUGAAUUCUGAAAACCCAUGAGUUGAUGAGGAAUACAUGAAACACUCACUAGAUCUGAAAUAAUAUUCUGCUUCAGAGUUACUGCUUGCAUACAUUAAAAUAAAGGUAUUUCAUUGUGAUCUUGGGGAUAAAGUUCACAGUAAGCUCUACCAUGGAGAGGUAAAUACUGCGGU